CAGAGGCGGGGUUUAAGCCACCAAGCAGUGCCUGCCUCUCGGUCCUUGGUUCUGUGGAGGGUUUUUCUUUCUCGCAACACUCCCCCCCACCACCUCCAUACUCCCGCCCCCUCGCCCCAAUCCCGCUUCCAUUUUUUUUUUUUUUUUGAAGUCUAGUUAAUAUCUCCAAGCUGCUGUUGCCGCCGCGGCCGCCGCCGCUGCCAGAGAAGGGGGAGCGCUGGAAUUGACGCUCGGAGGCUUUAACUCCUACAGCCGCUGGACAAGUCUGAGGAGCCCGAAGUGGGGUGAGGAGAGGAGGGCAGGAUCCGUGGGAGACGCCAGAGGCUCCCCUCCAGCCUCCCGACUCACAGCGGAGGUGCAGGGAGCACAAAAAGAGGAGAAAGCAGCGCUGUAGGGGAGCGAAAGCAGAUCUACUACCAACUUUUUUUCCCCUUCUCUCUUUUUAUUGUUGACCAACCCGAAAGGGCAACCGGGAGACAGAGGAAGAUCACUGGGGGAAAUCUACUUACAGUUGAACCUCAGCUGGGACCGGGAGCAGCGCAGACACACACGCGCACCCUCAUUCACCUCCAUUCCUGGAAUAGCCGGCGCGCACAUACAUACAGACUCACACUCACACAGACAAACACACACACACACAAAUACACUGUACACCUCUCUUUCUCUCUUCCCGAUAUCCACUCGCGCCCAUCCACAUCUAUCUGAGGGAUACAAUAAGGGGAUAUGCGAUUUGGACAUGUAAUUGUCAGCAAAGGAUUUGAGACUUCCAAAAAAUGAAGCUGGCUUCAAGACUGUGGGUCUGUGUGAGCCUUCUCGUGGUAGCCUGGACCCUCCAGCCCGGCGCUUCUCAGUCAGUGUGUGCUGGAACAGAGAACAAACUGAGCUCUCUCUCUGACCUGGAACAGCAAUAUCGUGCCUUGCGUAAAUACUAUGAAAACUGUGAGGUAGUCAUGGGCAACCUGGAGAUAACCAGCAUCGAGCACAACCGUGAUCUCUCCUUUUUGCGGUCUAUUCGAGAAGUCACUGGAUAUGUCUUAGUGGCUCUUAAUCAAUUUCGUUACCUGCCUCUGGAGAAUUUGCGUAUUAUACGUGGGACAAAACUUUAUGAGGACCGAUAUGCACUGGCAAUCUUUUUAAACUACAGGAAAGAUGGGAAUUUUGGACUGCAAGAACUUGGUCUGAAGAACUUAACUGAAAUCUUAAAUGGAGGAGUAUACGUUGACCAGAACAAAUUCCUCUGUUAUGCAGACACCAUUCAUUGGCAAGAUAUUGUUCGCAAUCCAUGGCCUUCUAAUUUUACACUUGUUUCAACCAAUGGUAGCUCUGGAUGUGGACGGUGUCACAAGUCUUGCACAGGCCGAUGUUGGGGACCCACAGAGCACCACUGCCAAAGCUUGACCAAGACAGUAUGUGCAGAACAGUGUGAUGGCAGGUGCUAUGGCCCGUAUGUAAGUGACUGCUGCCACCGAGAAUGUGCUGGAGGCUGCUCAGGACCUAAAGACACAGAUUGCUUUGCCUGCAUGAAUUUCAAUGACAGUGGAGCAUGUGUCACUCAAUGCCCCCAAACAUUUGUCUACAAUCCAACCACCUUUCAACUAGAGCACAAUUUCAAUGCAAAGUAUACAUAUGGAGCCUUCUGUGUCAAGAAAUGUCCACAUAACUUUGUGGUGGAUUCCAGUUCUUGUGUGCGGGCUUGUCCUAGUUCCAAAAUGGAGGUUGAAGAAAAUGGGAUCAAAAUGUGUAAACCUUGUACUGACAUUUGUCCCAAAGCAUGUGAUGGCAUCGGCACAGGAACUCUGAUGUCUGCUCAGACUGUGGAUUCCAGCAACAUUGACAAGUUCAUAAACUGUACCAAGAUCAAUGGGAAUUUGAUCUUCCUCGUCACUGGUAUUCAUGGGGAUCCUUACAAUGCAAUAGAAGCUAUGGAUCCUGAGAAACUGAACAUCUUCCGGACAGUAAGAGAGAUAACAGGUUUCUUGAACAUACAGUCUUGGCCCCCAAACAUGACAGAUUUCAGUGUCUUUUCUAACCUGGUCACCAUUGGUGGAAGAGUACUUUAUAGUGGUCUCUCAUUGCUUAUUCUUAAGCAACAAGGUAUCACCUCUUUGCAAUUCCAGUCCUUAAAGGAAAUCAGUGCAGGAAACAUCUAUAUAACUGACAACACCAAUCUAUGUUAUUACCAUACAGUUAAUUGGACCACUCUCUUCAGUACUCUCAACCAAAGAAUAGUAAUUCGUGACAACAGGAAGGCAGAAAACUGUACUGCAGAAGGAAUGGUAUGUAAUCUUUUGUGUUCAAGUGAUGGCUGCUGGGGGCCAGGCCCAGACCAAUGUUUAUCCUGUAAACGUUUCAGCAGGGGUCGGACUUGCAUUGAAUCCUGUAACCUCUAUGAUGGUGAAUUUCGAGAGUUUGAGAAUGGUUCCAUCUGUGUGGAAUGUGACUCUCAAUGUGAGAAGAUGGAAGAUGGCAUCUUGACCUGCCAUGGACCGGGACCAGAUAACUGUACUAAGUGUUCUCAUUUUAAGGAUGGUCCAAACUGUGUGGAAAAAUGUCCUGAUGGAUUACAGGGUGCCAAUAGCUUCAUAUUCAAAUAUGCUGACCAGGACCAUGAAUGUCACCCCUGUCACCCAAAUUGCACCCAAGGGUGUAGCGGUCCCUCUAGUCAUGACUGCAUUUACUACCCAUGGACGGGCCAUUCCACUUUACCACAACAUGCUAGAACUCCCCUGAUUGCGGCAGGAGUCAUUGGUGGACUCUUCAUACUGGUGAUUGUGGGUUUGACAUUUGCUGUUUAUGUUCGUCGCAAGAGCAUCAAAAAGAAGAGAGCAUUGAGAAGGUUCCUAGAGACAGAGUUGGUAGAACCCUUAACUCCAAGUGGAACAGCACCCAACCAGGCCCAACUUCGGAUUCUAAAAGAAACUGAGCUUAAAAGAGUGAAGGUACUUGGAUCUGGAGCAUUUGGAACCGUGUAUAAGGGAAUUUGGGUUCCUGAAGGAGAAACAGUAAAGAUACCAGUAGCUAUAAAGAUUCUCAAUGAGACAACUGGUCCAAAAGCAAAUGUUGAGUUCAUGGAUGAAGCUUUGAUUAUGGCAAGUAUGGAUCACCCACAUUUGGUACGAUUAUUGGGUGUCUGUCUGAGCCCAACCAUUCAGCUGGUUACUCAACUAAUGCCCCAUGGCUGCCUGUUGGAUUAUGUUCAUGAACAUAAGGAUAAUAUUGGCUCCCAACUUCUUCUUAACUGGUGUGUCCAGAUAGCUAAGGGAAUGAUGUACCUGGAAGAGAGGCGCCUUGUUCAUCGAGACCUGGCAGCUCGGAAUGUCUUGGUGAAGUCACCAAACCAUGUAAAGAUCACUGACUUUGGUCUGGCUAGACUCUUAGAAGGGGAUGAGAAGGAAUAUAAUGCUGAUGGAGGGAAAAUGCCAAUUAAAUGGAUGGCCCUGGAGUGUAUCCACUAUAGGAAAUUUACCCAUCAGAGUGAUGUUUGGAGCUAUGGGGUUACCAUUUGGGAACUAAUGACUUUUGGUGGAAAGCCCUAUGAUGGAAUCCCAACAAGAGAAAUACCAGAUUUAUUAGAGAAAGGGGAACGCUUGCCCCAGCCUCCUAUCUGCACCAUCGAUGUUUAUAUGGUCAUGGUCAAAUGUUGGAUGAUUGAUGCUGACAGUAGACCUAAAUUCAAAGAACUGGCCGCUGAAUUUUCCAGAAUGGCUCGUGACCCUCAACGAUACCUAGUCAUUCAGGGUGAUGAUCGUAUGAAGCUUCCUAGUCCAAAUGAUAGCAAGUUUUUCCAGAAUCUCUUGGAUGAAGAGGACCUGGAAGAUAUGAUGGAUGCUGAGGAAUACUUAGUCCCUCAAGCCUUCAACAUCCCACCACCUAUCUAUACAUCCAGAGCAAGAAUUGACUCUAAUAGGAGUGAAUUUGGACACAGCCCUCCUCCUGCCUACACCCCCAUGUCAGGAAACCAAUUUGUGUAUAGAGAUGGGGGCUUUGCUACAGAACAAGGAGUAACUCUGCCAUACAGGGCCACCAGCUGUAUUAUCCCUGAAGCCCCCGUUGUACAAGGAGCCACAGCGGAGAUUUUUGAUGACACGUGUUGUAAUGGUACUCUGCGCAAACAAGUGGCACCCCUUGUCCAAGAGGACAGCAGCACUCAAAGAUAUAGUGCUGACCCCACGGUAUUUGCAGCAGAACGGAGCCCACGAGGAGAAAUGGAUGAAGAUGGGUAUAUGACUCCAAUGCGUGACAAACCCAAACAAGAUUACCUGAACCCUGUGGAAGAGAACCCUUUUGUUUCUCGGCGAAAGAACGGUGACCUGCAAGCCCUGGAUAACCCUGAAUAUCAUAAUGCUUCCAAUGGGCCACCGAAGGCAGAGGAUGAGUAUGUCAAUGAGCCACUGUACCUCAACACCUUUGCCAACACCUUGGGAAAUGCAGAGUACCUGAAGAACAAUGGACUACCCGGACCAGAGAAAGCCAAGAAAGCUUUUGACAACCCUGAUUACUGGAACCACAGCCUUCCUCCUCGGAGCACCCUUCAACACCCAGACUACCUGCAAGAGUACAGCACAAAAUAUUUUUACAAACAGAAUGGACGGAUCCGGCCUAUUGUGGCAGAGAACCCCGAAUACCUCUCCGAGUUCUCCCUGAAGCCAGGCACUGUGCUGCCUCCUCCACCCUACAGACACCGAAACACGGUGGUGUAGGUCUAUUAGUGUUCCCCAAGUGGAGAGACCCUUCCUCUCCAGUGUCCAUGUCCCAUCCCUCUUUGGUUCCCCUUCUCUUUCUCUUGUGGGCUUCCUCUACUUUCCAGGCCAGUCUUUUUGAGAUGUCCAAACAGAAGCUGUAAAGGAUGCAGUGAGAAAAUGAAAAGUCCCACGCUGUUCUAGUUUGGAACUUAGAAUAAAUGAAAGAAAGAGAAAGACAGGAGGGAUCACAACUGUUUUUGGUUUCUCCACAUGGGGAGUCAAGAGAACAGAACAGACAGGGAAGGACCAGUAAAUGUCACUGGGCAGUGUCGCCUGCUGUCAAAAUAGUUCUUGGUUUUUAAAACUCAGAUGCCAUUGAGAAAGUCACGUGGUGUCCGUUUCUAUCAGCAGGAACUGAUGAGCGCAUAUUCAGCAUUCCUGGAAAUCAUAAUGUAGUUUCCAUUAGGAAAAGGACAAUUUUUUUUUAUAUCACAUAUGAUAGAAUAAUAAUUGAGAUUGAGAAUCCAAUUUCUGUAACAAUUUCUAUCCUGGCAACUGAAAAUGGCUAACUCAGCUUUCAUAAUUAUUUAAAUCUCCAUCAAAGUUAUAAUAAUUUUGUGAUUUCAUGUCUUUGGCCAAUCCCUUCGUCUUAGCCCCUACUCCAAUUUUGUCCCUUUUUAUUUCUAAUUGUAGAAAUUUUACAUUGAUUUGAGUACAUAUCAUUAACAUUUUUAAAUGUGUUGAAAUAUUUUAACAAAAUAGUUUGAAUAAAAAUUCCUCUUAGGACUGCAAAAAUGGCAAAACAUCAAAUAUCCAAUUUUUUGAGGUUAUCAAGGAGGCCAAGACAUAAGAUUUAUACAACCAAAAUCUAGCUUUCAUGAUUUAUUGUAAUAAAUACAAGACCCACAUACAUAAUGUACAUUUCCCAAAACUUUUACUACUGCUUUAAUUCAUUUUUGAUAAUAGUUAAAAAGUCGUAGGCAAUGCUGGGUCUAAGAGAGAAACCAAGAGACAGUUCCAUGUGGUUCAUGAAAACUGCUGAUAUUUUUCAGGGGUGGCCCAUUGAGUAAUCUUUUUAAACUGGAAGGAAAACACUGGAUUGGAUGAGCUUACAUACCUGGCAAAAUGGCUCAGGAAUGUAGUUUGCACUUAAGCUAUGAUUUUAUUUGUUCUCAUUCUGAACUCUUCUGGAUUUUGAAAGAAGCAAUAUGGAAGUGACCAGCAAAUUCAAAUUAUUUAAAUAUUUUUUUUAAAAGAGUAAUGAGGAAGAAAGACUGUGGAGAUGCCAAACCAAGUAAAUCGCAUCUUUGGAACAGUAUCCAAGGAUUACGGGAGGGCCAAGCACAUUGUCUCCCUGUGACAUUCAAUGAUGUGUGGAGAAAGGCCACCCAGUCCACAUCCUCCAUAUGAAGGAAAUUGAACCGAGCAAGACCUGAGCUGAAGUCCAUUAAGUGUCUAGUAUUAAAAUUAUAGUUGUUGAAUUAGAAGUUAACUCUAGCACAUAAGGUGGUAUAGUAUGUAGAAGGUUAAAAACAUACAGACAUGCAUGGCUCAGAGGAAUUGGGAUUAUAAAAACUAUAAAUGAUCAUGAUGCUUUUUCCAAGCUUUGAUUUUAUUUUCUGACACACUGACAAACUUUUGUAUAAUGAGUGCAGUUUUAUUUAACCAUUACAGUACCUCUUAUUUGGAAAACAUUUCCAUGGUAUCAUUGUGAAUUUUAAUGCUAAAUAGAUGUGAGAUGGUGAUGGGCCUAGUGGCAAGAAUAAGAGCUUCAAGUGCACUAGAAAUGUUCUUCUUUGGGGUGUGAGUAGAAAAGAAUAAAUUCUACCUAAGAUAAACAGACUUAGAGACAAAUUAAAAUCUAAAACCUAUAUUUAAGCAAUUUCAUUGAAAACGAUCACUGACCUUUUAGAGGCGAUUUGGGGAAACCCCAAAAGUAAAGGCCAUUUUUCUAUAUAGUUUGUAAGAGUAAAUUGCCUUAGAGUGGUCAUUGAGUUCUUUUAUUUGUACAUAUUCUUGUUGGACUCUUAUCAUUCAGGGACUGUUAACAGAGACUGAUUUUUUUUUUUGUCCUCUGUAAUUUGGAAAGUGUACCUUGUGAUUUCAUUCACAGAGCAAGGGUAAUCAAGAUGCUGCUACCAAUUACAUUAAGUGCUACCAUUACAUUACGAACUAGGCUAGAGUGAUAUGGAAACCCUACAUAAAUUGGACUACUGGGCAGACAAACUCAAGAGGACUCAGAGCUAGUCUUAACAGCUUUGUCACCAAGAAAUCAGCUCUACUAAUAGAAAUGCUAGUAGUAAUUAGGGGACUUUAGCCAUAGACUCCAGAAAGAGAACAGUCAAGAAAAGGAAGUCUUACCAAGCCAUGAAAAAGAGAAACAAUGUCAAGGGAGGAAUAUAAAUUCUUCCAGAAUAGCACCAGCAACUAGAGUGACUUCCUGGAGAAAAGAAGUAAAAUGAGGGAAUCCUCAAUAAUUCAGGGUUUACUAGGGACAUAUCAGUAGCCUUCAGCCCAUUCAUUCAUUUGAAUGGAUCUCUUAAACAAAGAGUCUUCAUCACAUAGGUUUCUAAUAUACUUUUUUUUUUAAAUCCAUUCUGUCUCCAGGUAGUCAGUAAUGACAAUAUUUUCCUCAUCUCUCCUAUUUAAAAAAAUGCUAUAUAAUAUUUACAGAGUAUUUACUACAAUAGUACUUGGUUAUCAUGAAAAAUGAUGAAGAAAAUGGUUUCUUAGGGCAGUAUAUGAAGGUUCUGCUGAGGUGAUAGGCAAGUGGUUUCUGGGAACUAAGAUUAUCUCAAUUCCACUGCAAGAAUAAAAAAAGAUCUGAUCCCUAUGGCUCAGAUUAGGUUCCAGUAGUAUAUGGAUCAAUAGUAUACUGUGUAAUUCAGAUUGAGCCAAAUAGCUCUGAUUAUUCUCCCUUAAUUAUACCAGGGAUAUUCAUGUAUAUUCUAAGAAAGGUAACUGGAUGUGAUAUGCUAGGAAGAGAGUGAAAAUAUUUCAGCGGUUUCCAAGAUGGUGGGUUUUGGCUAGUAGAGCCAAACAUAAAACAAAAUAAAAUAAAACAAACAAACAGAAAAAAACUGCAAUAAGGAUCUAGGUAGUUCUCCAGGGGAUCAGAUGCCAGAGGAUGAUUGUACUAAUGGGAACUUUCAGUUCACUUAUGUAAAUUUGUGAUAUCUUAAAGUAAAUUUCAAGUGAGUGAACUUUUCAAAUCUACCAACAUUGUUUGUAGAUAAACCCACCUUGGGAAAUCACAUUUCCAGAAAUGAAAAGCUUUGAAGAUAAGUUGGUUAUUAAUAUAGUUAAGUAGCUCUUAGAUGGUGAGAUAUAAAGAGUCUCCCUGCUCCUAAACUGGUUUAGGUCCCUGUGCCUAUGGAAGCAUCUCAAAAAGGUUUGUGUACAUAUGUGUGUGUUUUUUCCCAUGGAGACAUUUUUCUCCUGGCAUUCCUAAUGGCAUAAAGAAAAUUUAUGUCAGGCCAGAAGUUGAACCAUUUUUCCAGUAAGCUUCUUUAAAACAAUAAAUAGAAUUGAGUGAAAUUUAGUCAAAGAAUUAAAAAUGAAAGUCAAAGUUGAGUAUUUCAUCUCUUUCAAUAUAAAUGACCAAAAGGGCAAGAGGAUUCAACAUCAGUCAUUGCACAGAUAGAUUACAAAGCAUAAGAUAGAAAAUAGUCUCACUAUAUAUAUAUAUAUAUAUAUAUAUAUAUAUAUAUAUAUAUAUGUUUUUAUGGAAGGACAGUUAGGUGCAUGGGUACCUCUAUUAUUGGAGUAAAUCAAGGAAAAAGACUUCAGGGUCUUAGCUGCUAAAUGAAGCUGGAUCAUCUAUCUUCUUUUGUUAAGAGUGAACAAAUUGUUUCCCCUUAACUUCUACAGGAAAAGAUGUAAAUACGUGUUUGCUCUGGAGCUAUCUAAUUCUUCUUUCAAAACUUGAAUUAUUUAUUCCGUGGUAAUUGUUGCUUGUUAAACUAUUUUAUUCAGUCAUAAGACAUUAAGAAGAAAGUCAUGAAAGCUCAUGAGCAGCUCUGCUCUGGCACUGGAAGAGGAAAACAUUUUCUCUGAGCACUGGACAAGUAAACCAAACAAAAUAACUAACCCCAGAAUACUUGAUAAUAAAAAAAGUAGAUGCAGAGGGAGAAAUUUAGGGUUGGUUGAACACAAACAAACAAACUGCCAUCAGAAUCCUUGCUUUCUGGAUAGAUCAUGAGAGCUAUUAAAAGAGCCAAACCCACCAAUAACAACUUGUUUUAUGGAGUUUUUGUGCUAUGGUUCUUUUUUUAAGAUGGCAUACUAAAAGAUACCUUCAAACACUGAAAUAAAUGUUUUUGACUGUUUUUGUUUUUAAACCUCUCUUUAGACUUUUCUCUGUCUUUUUAUUUAAUAUCAUGUAAAUCCAGUUGAGGGAUUAGGGAAGAGAAUAUAUCACCAUCUCAAAUAAAAAUGAGCUUUAAUCACUAACCAAGAUUCAUUUACAAUAAAAAAAAAUUCUCUCAUUUGGUGUGUUGGGAUAUAGAGAUAGCACAUGUGUAUGUGGGGUAAUUUCACUCCCUCACACAUUUUGUUUCUUUUUCUUAAGACCUGUUAGUGAAAUAUGUAUGCUAUUAUUUGAGUGAAAACUAUAAUUGCACUCUUCUUCUCAAAAAAAAAAAAAGAAAAGAAAAA